AUGAUCAUCUAUGCGAUCGACAAGUACAAAAUCGACCCCAAGAAAGUGUUCGUGACUGGUGGCUCCUCAGGUGGCAUGAUGAGCAACGUUCUGGCCGCCACCUAUCCCGAGCUCAUCAGUGCAGUGUCUCUAUACUCGGGUGUACCGGCUGGAUGUUUCGUCUCUGCAUCCGGAGCAGCGGCAGCAUGGAAUAACACCUGCUCCGGUGGACAGUCCAUCUCGACUGCGCAGCACUGGGGUGACGUAGUUCGAGGAAUGUAUCCCGGGUACAAUGGAACACGACCGCGCAUGCAAUUCUGGCAUGGCUCGGUAGAUGGAACGCUUAGCCCGAAGAACUACGACGAGACGCUGAAGCAGUGGACCAAUGUGUUUGGAGUCAACACUACGCCGACGAGCUCGAAGAAAGAUACGCCAGAGCGCAACUACCGCACUGACGACUUUGGACCGAGUGUCGAAGGUAUUUGGGCAGUAGGGGUAGGCCAUAGUGUUCCUUCGCAUCUGACCGUAUCGGAAGCCUGGUUUGGCCUAUAA